UCCCUCCCUCUCUCUCCACUCGCUCCGCGCGUCCCCGCGGCUCAGGUCAGGCAGCAUGCCGCCUGCGGGAGCUCUGAGGCUGGCUGCGCUGGUCUCGCUCUUCUCGGUGUCGCUGCUGCUCUCCUCCGAUGAGUCUCCGCUGCUCAAACCCAAAGUCCUGAUCGCCAUCGUGGCGCGGAACGCUGCGCACAGCCUGCCCUACUACCUGGGCUGCAUCGAGAACCUCCAGUACCCCAAGGAGAGGAUCGCCAUCUGGGCGGCGACAGAUCACAAUGUGGACAACACUACAGCUAUGCUGAGAGAGUGGCUGAAGGCGGCUCAAUCCAGAUACCACUAUGUGGAGUGGAGGCCCAUGGAGGAACCACGGUCGUACACAGAUGAGUGGGGGCCGAAACACUGGAGUCCGUCCAGAUUUAACCACCUGAUGAAGCUCAGGCAGGCUGCUCUGAAGGCGGCACGCGAACGCUGGGCCGACUACGUACUGUUUGCAGACAGUGAUAAUCUCCUGACUAACCCGCGAGUGUUGGACCUGAUGAUGGCGGAGAAUCGGACCCUGGUGGCCCCAAUGAUGGAGUCGCGCUCCCUCUACUCCAACUUCUGGUGUGGCAUCACUCCUCAGGGCUACUAUAAGCGAACUCCAGAUUACCAGCCGAUCCGGGAGUGGAAGCGUUUGGGAUGUUUUCCUGUUCCGAUGGUUCACUCCACCUUUCUGCUGGAUCUCCGACGCUCCUCCUCCAAAUCCCUCGCCUUCUACCCCCCCCACCCCGACUACAGCUGGGCCUUCGACGACAUCAUGGUCUUCGCCUUUUCUGCCCGCCAAGCAGAUGUACAGAUGUAUGUGUGCAACAAGGAGCACUAUGGCUUCCUGCCUGUUCCUCUGAAGGCCCAUCAGAGUGUGAAAGAUGAAGAGGAGAGUUUCACACACACCAUCACUGAGGCACUGAUCGAUCACACUGUUAAACCCUCACAGCUGCUGUUCGUCCCUCCCAAACCCAGAGACAUGAUGGGAUUUGAUGAGAUCUUUCUCAUUAAUCUGAAGAGGAGGACAGACCGGAGGGAGAGGAUGUUAAACACACUGGAUAUUUUGGGGCUGGAGGUCACUGUUACUGAAGCUGUGGACGGCAAGGCUUUGAACUCUUCCAAGUUGCAGGCUCUGGGUAUUGAGAUGAUGCCGGACUAUAAGGACCCGUACUCUGGACGCGUUCUGACCAGAGGAGAGAUUGGCUGCUUCCUCAGCCACCAUGCCACAUGGACAGAGGUGGUGGAGAGGGGUCUACAGAGUGUGCUAGUAUUGGAGGAUGAUGUCAGAUUUGAGCCCCGGUUUAAGAAGAGACUGCAGACCAUCAUGGAGGACGUGGAGAAAGCUCAGCUGGACUGGGACCUUAUCUACGUGGGCCGUAAGCGGAUGCAGGUGGCGCAGCCGGAGGUGUCGGUGGAGGGGGUGGAUAACCUGGUGGUGGCGGAUUACUCCUACUGGACUCUAGGCUACGCUCUGUCUCAACAAGGAGCACAGAAAUUACUGUCCGCACAAUCCUUCCACAAGAUGCUGCCUGUGGACGAGUUCCUGCCCAUCAUGUUCAACAAACACCCAAAUGCUGCCUACAUGACGCACUUCGAGCCGAGAGAUUUACGGGCGUUCUCGGUGGAGCCGCUGCUGAUUUACCCCACGCACUACACGGGUGAGCCGGGCUACUUCAGCGACACAGAGACCUCCACCAUCUGGGACGACGAAGCCGUCAGCACAGACUGGGACCGAACACACGACCCUAAAACCGCCCAGCAGGGCCGAAUACGCCCCAUCGCCCAGAACAGCGUCACGGGGGACACGCCGCCCCCAGCAGUGCGAGCAUCCAGAGAUGAACUGUGACCUGAGUGGAGGAAGAGACUUAAUUCAUACACACAAACAAACAUAUGCAUAAACUACUGUUCAAAAGUUUGGAAUCACUGUUCUCAAACUGAUACGCGAAGGUUUUCAUAUUUUAAAACCUUUGAUGAAAUAUUAAAACAGAAACAGCUAGAAAAUCAAAAAUAUUAUUAAUGAAUAACUGCAAAAAAAUUAUGUCAAUAGUGUCAAUAAUGCGAAUUUCACUUUUUUUUUAUUUUGUGUCCAUUUAGUGAAAUUCUCCAAUAUUACUUGAAAUAAUUUUUGUUCUCUUUUUCUCAAAAUUUGCCAUGUUAGCAUAUGUAUAUACAGUUCUGGAAAAAAAAAUCUGAAUCAGUUUCUCUGAUUUUGCUAUUUAUAGGUAUACAUUUGAGUAAAAUUAACAUUGUUGUUUUAUUCUAUAAACUACGGACAACAUUUCUCCCAAAUUCCAAAUAAAAAAAAUGUCAUUUAGAGCAUUUAUUUGCAGAAAAUGAUUUUUCAUGCAGUUUUCAUGCAUAUUGGCAUGUUCUCCUCCACCAGUCUUACACACUGCUUUUGGAUAACCUUCUUCCACUCUGCAAAAAAAAUCAAGCAGUUCAGUUUGGUGGUUUGAUGGCUUGUGAUCAUCCAUCUUCCACUUGAUUAUAUUCCAGAGGUUUUCAAUUUGGUUCAAUUUCGUGCUCUCUCAUUUUAACUUGGUCCCAAAUACCACGGGACACUGUCACCUCUAUGCAUUCAUCUAACUGUAAGAUCUCUUAGUAUGUCACAAAGAGGGAAAACAAAGAUUAUUCGAGUUACUGUCUCACAUGUUCAUAUCUGAACCAUUUAAUUCUGAAGUGAUUCCAAACUUUUGAACACUUUUGUCCAACUCGUGUAGCAACUGACCAUUAAAACCCUGUGAUCAUCAUCUCUCACAAUGUUUACCACUACACAGCCAGCACCAAUCACCAUUCGCUGGCUGUCGGCCAAUAGCAUUACAGCGGGCUGAGAUGCUCAAACACCAUUGGCUGACUGGAGGAGGGUGUUUAAUGGGAGUGGAAAGCUCACAUCUGACACAAUGUUAAUUUAUUUUCUGACACACAAUGUACAGACUGCCUCGACACACGUCUAUCUGUCUGUCUGUCUGUCUGUCUGUCUGUCUUCCUGCCCAUCUGUCUGUCCACAGCAUCGUCCCUGGAGGACGCUGAGAGAUACUUGAAGAAUAACUCACCCGUCAAACCACACUGAACCCAUCUCACAACAAAACCGGACAGAUGGAAGGACAGCAGCAUGUGGGAGACAGAUGCACAGACCCUGGCAGUGUGGAAACAAAGAAAUCAUCAUAAAGCAGAGAAAGUUUUUUAUUUAAAAGAGGAUAAUUAGUGCAAAUGAAAUGAAACAGAUGUGGUUGUAAUAGAACGGUGCAGGGAAAUAAAGAAUCACACAGCUGUCUGAAUUAUA